AUGGACAGGGCUCAACUUGAGCCCUUACUAUUGCCUGAUGUAAAGGAGACUGGUAAAGAGUUAGGUCGUGGAGCUUAUGGUGUUGUUACUGAAGUAAUAGUUAGUGAAACAACCUGUGCUGCUAAGAAGCUUCAUGAUGUUAUUGUACAGGAUUACACUUUGAAAAGAUUUGGUGAUGAGGUUCUUCUUCACAGUCAGCAAAGGCAUCCUAACAUUGUCCAGUUAAUUGGUGUCUAUUAUCCUCCUCGUUCACAAUUACCAAUGUUACAACAAGUGGGAGGAGAUCGGGACAACUCGACAAGAGAUGGGGAACAACUGACACCAGGGGGACAAGGAACACACCAUAAGCAACAAGUGGGAGGAGAUCGGGACAACUCGACAAGAGAUGGUGAACAACUGACACCAGGGGGACAAGGAACACACCAUAAGCAACAAGUGGGAGGAGAUCGGGACAACUCGACAAGAGAUGGUGAACAACUGACACCAGGGGGACAAGGAACACACCAUAAGCAACAAGUGGGAGGAGAUCGGGACAACUCGACAAGAGAUGGUGAACAACUGACACCAGGGGGACAAGAAACAGACCAUAAGCAACAAGUGGGAGGAGAUCGGGACAACUCGACAAGACAUGGGGAACAACUGACACCAGGGGGACAAGGAACACACCAUAAGCAACAAGUGGGAGGAGAUCGGGACAACUCGACAAGACAUGGGGAACAACUGACACCAGGGGGACAACUAAUACCAUCGGGACAAGGAACGCACCAUAAGCAACAAGAGGGAGGAGAUCGUAAGCGCUUGAUGAGAGAUCGGGAACGAUUUUUAAGUGGCUCAGAGAGUGAACAACAGAUAACACACUCUAAAGAACAAGCAGAAGACCCUGGAGAAGACUUUAGAACUAGAAGAAUGUCGUUAAAAAGGACAGGCUUACGAAAUUCUUUUGUAGUGAAACAAAAAGAUUUCAGCAAUUUUACUGGGGCACUACAACAACAGGAAGGCAAAUCAACUCUAUUGACAAAACCACCCAAGGAGGGUGAACCAAAACAUUCAAUAGUAACAAAAGCAAAUGAGCAGCAACCUGUAAAGACACAUGAAGAAUGUCAGGCAGAAAAUAAAGUAUCAAAAGCUGUGAAGCACCUGACAGCUGACCAUGAUCAACUGACACCAGGGGGACAAGAAACACACCAUAAGCAACAAGAGGGAGGAGAUCGGGACAACUCGACAAGAGAUGGUGAACAACUGACACCAGGGGGACAAGGAACACAUCAUAAGCAACAAGUGGGAGGAGAUCGGGACAACUCGACAAGAGAUGGUGAACAACUGACACCAGGGGGACAAGGAACACACCAUAAGCAACAAGUGGGAGGAGAUCGGGACAACUCGACAAAAGAUGGUGAACAACUGACACCAGGAGGACAAGAAACACGCCAUAAGCAACAAGCGGGAGGAGAUCGGGACAACUCAACAAGAGAUGGUGAACAACUGACACCAGGGGGACAAGGAACACACCGUAAGCAACAAGUGGGAGGAGAUCGGGACAACUCGACAAGAGAUGGUGAACAACUGACACCAGGGGGACAAGGAACACACCGUAAGCAACAAGUGGGAGGAGAUCGGGACAACUCGACAAGAGAUGGUGAACAACUGACACCAGGGGGACAAGAAACACACCAUAAGCAACAAGUGGGAGGAGAUCGGGACAACUCGACAAGACAUGGGGAACAACUGACACCAGGGGGACAAGAAACAGACCAUAAGCAACAAGUGGGAGGAGAUCAGGACAACUCGACAAGAGAUGGGGACCAUCUGACACCAUCAGAACAAGGAACGCACUAUAAGCAACAAGGGGGAGGAGAUCGUAAGCGCUUGAUAAGAGAUCGGGAACGAUUAUUAAGUGGCUCAGAGAGUGAACAACAGAUAACACACUCUAAAGAAAAAGCAGAAGACCCUGGAGAAGACUUUAGAACUAGAAGAAUGUCGUUAAAAAGGACAGGCUUACGAGAUUCUCUUGUAGUGAAACAAAAAGAUUUCAGCAAUUUUACUGGGGCACUACAACAACAGCAAGACAAAUCAACUUUAUUGACAAAACCACCCAAGGAGGGUGAACCAAAACAUUCAACAGUAACAAAAGCAAAUGAGCAGCAACCUGUAAAGACACAUGAAGAAUGUCAGGCAGAAAAUAAAGUAUCAAAAGCUGUGAAGCACCUGACAGCUGACCAUGAUCAACUGACACCAGGGGGACGAGAAACACACCAUAAGCAACAAGAGGGAGGAGAUGGUGAUCACUCAGCAAGAGAUGGUAAACGAUUGAAUGGCUCAGAUACUGAACGACAGAUAAGACACCCUAAAGAACAAACAGAAAACCUAAGAACAGACUUUAUAAGAUCUUCAUUUAAAAAGAAAGGCUUACAUGAUUCUCGUGUAUUGAAAGAAACCAGCAAUUUCCCUUGGGUACUACAACAGCAAGAUGAAGCAGCUCUAUUGAAAACACCACCCAAAGAGUAUGAACCAAAACAUUCAACAGAAACAAAAGCAAAUGAGCAGCAACCUGUAAAGACACGUGAAGAAUAUCAGGGCAGCAUAGUAAGAGCAACAAAAGUGUCUGUGAAAUCAAGUCAAGCACUCAAAGAUGCAGUUGUGCCAAAAAAGCCUGACCCAUCAUCUAUACCAUUAGCCAGCAUUCAAGCUCAAAAGGAAAGGAUUCAACCUUACUUGUCACAACGUCUGAGAAAAGGAGACAAUUGGUGUCUUGUUGAUGUGAAAUGGUUUAGGCAGUGGAAGAAAUACACUGGAUUUGAUUCAUGGGAUCAAGAGACUGCUGGACAAGCAAGUGCCCAUCCAGGACCAGUUGAUAAUGGUACUUUGUUUAAAGAUCCUGAUUCUGAAGAACUAAAGAAUAAUCUCAAGGAAGGAGAGAACUAUGCAUUGCUACCUGAGCCUGCAUAUAAUCUUUUAGUCAAAUGGUAUGGACUAUCAGUAGGAUCAAGACCUAUUAUUAGGUGUGUAGUAGAAUACUCAGGACCAUUUGCUAAAAAGUUGGUUGAAGUCUAUUUAUAUCUUUUGAAAUUGUGUGUAUAUCCUAAGACUGAUGAUACUAGAAUGCAUUCAUUUAGUCAAGUAGACUCAGUCGGUCAUGUAAUGACAGUUAUGAAGCAACAGUUUAACAUUCCUGAUACUACUGAAUGCAGAAUAUGUAAACAAUUCAUGAGAACUUAUUUGCCUUUAGAAAAUCUCAAACAAGCAAUAUCAGAAGCUGGUAUACGUGGAGGACAAACAAUAUUGCUGGAAAAAAGAAAUCAGGAUGGUACUUGGCCAAGGGACAUUAAGAGACAACAGUAAUUAUUUUUGAGGCCAUGGGAAUGUUGAUGAAUCUAUGUGUGCAAAAAUUGCUUGAGUGGAAUUAAUAUUAGUAUUUUGUUGUUUAGUACUACUUUUAUAGUGUUAAAAUAAGUCUUAAUGACUUAUAUGGCUUGAUAAAUAACACAGUUUUCUGUCAAAGAUA